CUUGUAAAAGGACAAGUGCCUCUUCAGAAGCCUAUAGUUCGGUACCUUCUACCGAACUCCUAUCAAGAUGGGCAUAGGCUGGGGGGGACGAAUACCACUAUGGAUACCAAUAUUAGUGGUCACCUUUAUGCAGAACAAAGUCCAAGCCCAAUAUGAGGACCAACAAACAAAUUAUGAAGAUGAUUCAUAUGUCCAGCAGGGACAAGACUAUUUUUCUGUACCCGUAACUAAACCACAAGAAGUGACAAUCAUCUCACCACCUAGAACGACACUGCUAGUAAAGCCUGGAAACCCGGCUCACAAUGGACGUGUGUGCAGCACCUGGGGCAACUCGCACUUUAAGGGCUUUGAUGGAGACAUCUUUCACUUCCCUGGGCUCUGCAACUAUCUCUUUGUAUCCCACUGCAAAUCUGCCUAUGAGGACUUUAACAUCCAGAUCAGGCGCACUGUGGUGGAAAAUUCUCCUGUGAUCAGCCAUGUCACCUUGAAGCUUGAUGGAGAGGUGAUUGAAUUGACCUCAAACUCCAUUGUGGUCAAUGACAAUCCAAUUCAGCUGCCCUUCAGCCAGUCAGGAACCCUGAUUGAGAGAACAAAUGACUAUUUGAAAAUCACUGCUAAGUUAGGCCUGGUCUGCCUGUGGAACCAACUGGAUAGCUUUUUGGUGGAACUGGAUAAGAAAUAUGCCAAUCAAACCUGCGGGCUUUGUGGAGACUUCAAUGGCAUUCCAACUUAUAAUGAGUUCCUGUCAAACAACAUCAAACUGACAGAACUGCAGUUUGGGAAUAUGCAGAAGAUGGAUGGACCCACAGAACAAUGCGAGGACCCUAUACCUUCCUCUCCCACAAAAUGCUCUAAUGAAUUAAGCGAUAUCUGCCAGACCGUAUUGACUGGUGAAGCAUUUGUGAACUGCAAUGCCUUGGUUGAAGUUCAAGACUAUAUUAACUCUUGCGUAGAAGACUUGUGCCGCUGUGAAGAGUCUCUGACUGACUUCUGCAUUUGUAACACCUUUGCUGAAUACUCUCGGCAGUGUUCCCAUGCUGGCGGGCAACCUCUGAACUGGAGAACUGAAGGACUGUGCAACAAGACGUGCCCUUACAACAUGCAGCACAUGGAAUGUGGCUCUCCCUGCGCCAACACCUGCACCAACCCGGAAAGGUCAGAGCUCUGUGAAGAUCACUGUACCGAUGGCUGCGUCUGCCCCCCAGGAACCGUAUUUGAUGACAUUAACAGCUCAGGCUGCAUUCCUCUUAUUGAGUGCCCCUGUACCUACAAAGGUGAAACAUACAGUCCAGGAGCUUCUUUUGCAUCCCAGUGCACUUCAUGUACCUGUACUGGAGGCCAGUGGACUUGUGUCAGCCUUUCGUGCCCUGGCACUUGCUCCAUUGAAGGUGGUUCCCACAUUUCCACAUUUGACGAGAAACAUUAUUCCUUCUUUGGAGAUUGCAGCUAUAUCCUGACAAAGCUCUGUGACAGCAAUGCCUUCACAGUUCUAGGAGAAGUACGCAAAUGUGGCCUAACUGACACCGAAACAUGCCUGAAAGGUGUAGCCAUCAGCAUAAGUGGAGGACAAACUAUUGUUGUGAUCAAACCUUCUGGCAGUGUGUUUGUGAAUACAAUGUAUACACAGCUGCCCCUCUCUGCAGGCAAUGUCACCAUCUUCCGGCCUUCCUCCUUCUUCAUCAUUGUACAAACAAACUUUGGCGUUCAGCUUGUGAUCCAGCUUUUACCCAUCAUGCAACUUGUUAUUAACCUAGACCCAUCCUACAAAGGGCAGACAUGUGGUCUCUGUGGAAACUUCAACAGUAUCCAGGCAGAUGACUUCAAAGCCACAAGUGGUGUAGUGGAAGGAACAGCAGCCGCCUUUGCCAACACCUGGAAAACCCAAGCUGAUUGUCCUAAUGUAAAAAACAUCUUUGAGAACCCAUGUUCCCUCAGCAUUGAAAAUGAAAAAUAUGCUCAGCACUGGUGUAGAUUGCUGACUAAUCCUCAAGGCCCUUUUGCUGAAUGCCAUUCGACAGUGGAUCCAGAUAUUUACCACACGAACUGUCUGUUUGACACCUGUAACUGUGAAAAGAGUGAAGAUUGUAUGUGCGCUGCCCUGUCUAGCUACGUCAGAGCCUGUGCUGCCAAAGGAGUCCUUUUGAAGGAAUGGAGGACCAAUGUCUGCACCAUAACUUCAUGCCCCAAAUCCCUGACAUACAGCUACGCUGUUGAUUCCUGCCAACCCACUUGCCGGUCUUUGAGUGAGCCAGAUGUCACCUGCAACAUCAAAUUCUCUCCAGUUGAUGGCUGCACUUGUGCAAACGGAACUUACCUGGACGAACAUGGGAAAUGUGUUCCUGCUACCAGCUGUCCUUGUUAUUAUAAAGGAUCCAUGUUACCUUCUGGGGAGGUUGUUCACGACAACGGUGUCAUAUGCUCUUGCACACAUGGAAAGCUGGACUGCAUGAGAGUAAAACCAGAGCCAGUCUGUGCAGCGCCAAUGGUGUACUUUGACUGCAGCAAUGUCACUGCAGGCACAGUUGGAUCUGAGUGCCAGAAGAGCUGUCAGACACUUGACAUGGGAUGCUACAGCACACAGUGUGUCUCUGGCUGCAUUUGCCCUAAUGAUCUAGUGUCAGACGGCAAAAGGGGUUGUAUAGCUGUGGAGGACUGUCCGUGUGUUCACAAUGAGGCCUCCUACAAACCAGGAGAAACAAUCAAAGUCAACUGUAAUACCUGCACAUGUAAAAACAGAAUGUGGCAAUGUACCAAUGAACCUUGUCUGGCAACCUGCUCUGUUUAUGGAGAUGGUCAUUACAUUACUUUUGAUGGCAAACGCUACAGCUUUAGUGGAGAUUGUGAAUACACCCUGGUCCAGGAUUACUGUGGUAAAAACAGUACCAGCUUUGGAAACUUCCGAGUUAUUACUGAGAAUAUCCCCUGUGGAACCACUGGGACCACCUGCUCAAAGGCCAUUAAAGUCUUCGUAGAAAACUAUGAACUGAUACUCAGCGAUGGAAAGUUUGAAGUGAUAGAGAAGGUCCAUGGAGGGCAAGUGCCAUACAAGAUCCGUUACAUGGGCAUCUACAUGGUCUUUGACAUCGAUACUGGGUUGAUUCUCAUGUGGGAUAAGAAAACCAGCAUCUUCAUCAAGCUCAGCCCAAAUUUUAAGGGUCAGGUCUGCGGCCUGUGUGGGAACUACGAUGGCAACGGCAUUAAUGACUUUACCACCAGGAGCCAGUCUGUGGUAGGAGAUGUGCUGGAGUUUGGAAACAGCUGGAAGGUGUCUCCUACUUGCCCAGAUGCCAAAAGCAACAAGGAUCCUUGCACUGCAAACCCUUACAGGAACUCCUGGGCCCAGAAGCAGUGCAGCAUAAUCAACAGCAAAGUGUUCUCUGCCUGUCACUCUCAGGUUGAACCACAUGAAUAUUAUGACGCUUGUGUGACUGAUGCUUGUGCCUGUGACACCGGGGGAGAUUGUGAAUGUUUCUGCACAGCAGUAGCCGCGUAUGCUCAGGCAUGUAACGAGGCUGGAAUUUGUGUGGCAUGGAGAACCCCAUCUAUCUGCCCUCUGUUCUGUGAUUACUACAACCCAGAAGGGGAAUGUGAGUGGCACUACAAGCCCUGUGGAUCCCCAUGUAUGAAGACCUGCAGGAACCCAAGUGGAAAAUGCCUUCAUGAGUUACAAGGCUUGGAAGGCUGCUAUCCAAAGUGUCCAGAGAACAAGCCCUAUUUUGAUGAAGAUGAUAUGGAGUGUGUAGAUAACUGUGGCUGUUACGAUGACAAGGGAAAAUAUUACAAGCCAGGAGCAUCCAUUCCUUCAGAAGAGAACUGUCACUCAUGCGAAUGCACAAUGGAAGGCACUAAGUGUGAAUAUGAUGAAGAUGAAUGUUACUGCAUCUAUGAUGGGAAGAAAUAUAAUUACGAAGAUGUCAUUUACGACACUACAGAUGGUAUUGGCGGGUGUAUCACUGCAACUUGUGGUCACAAUGGAACGAUUGAUAGAAAAGUCUACCAAUGUUCCACAACCACAACCACAACCACAUUUGAAUUUUCCACUUCAACACCGACAUUCACCACUACAGUGGCACCAACUACAUCCGUCUGCGUUCGUGAAGUAUGUCAGUGGUCACAAUGGUAUGAUGUGAGCUAUCCUGGGUCUGGGAUCGAUGAUGGAGACUUCGACACAUUUGAUAAUUUAAAAGCCAAAGGGUAUAAAGUUUGUAAAGUUCCAAAGGCUGUUGAAUGUAGAGCUGAGGAUUUCCCCGACACUCCAUUAAAUGAACUAGAGCAAAAAGUAGAAUGCAGCACAACAAUGGGGCUAAUAUGUUAUAAUAAAGAUCAAUAUCCAGAGAUCUGCCUGAAUUUCCAGAUCAGCGUCUUAUGCUGUAGCUUUGUACCAUGUGAAUAUACAACUCCUUCUACCACAAAGUCUUCUGAAACUACAACACCCAUCACAAAACCUACCACUCCAGAAAUUCCUGUGACAACUUUAUCUGCAACAACUACAGCAAAACCUAUCACCACAGAAUCAAAACAAACUACUCUUGCAACAACUACCAUGACAUCCAAAACUGCUUCAACGACUCUAGUCACAGAAACAACUCCUGUGUCAACUUCAACUCUUAGAACCACAGCUUCAUCAACAGCAACCACUGAAACAACUGCUAGCCCUUCAACAGAAACUGUAUCAACGACAACAGCAAUCACAUCCAUAACACCUUGUACACCAAAAUGCAAGUGGUCUGAAUGGUAUGAUGUCAAUUUUCCCAGUCUGGACAAUAAAGGAGACUCUGAAACAUAUGAUGAUAUUAGAGCAGCAGGAAAUGUGAUCUGCAACAAACCUGAAAAUAUUGAAUGUAGAGCAGAGAAAUUUCCAGAAAAAUCAAUUAACAGCAUUGGCCAAAUUAUCCAGUGCAAUGUAUCCUAUGGAUUUGUUUGCAGGAAUGAAGAUCAGGACGGAAUGUUCCAAAUGUGUUAUAACUAUCAAAUAAAAGUAUUCUGCUGUGAUGAUUUUAGUCAUUGCCCUUCCACAACCACUACUAUAGAAAGUACAAAAACUACAGGCCUAGCUAUUGUUUCAACACAAACCUCCACCCUGACUCCUACAACUACAGAAACUAUACCUUCAUCAACAAUAGAAACGACUCCACCAACUACCACAACAGAAAGUACAACAAAAGAAAUUAAAACAACAACUCCUUUAACAACUACUACCAGAGAACCUACAACAGUUACAACUACACCUUUCAGUACAACAACCACAAAAACUACAAUUCCAGGAAACAUCACCAUUUCAACAGAAGCAUCCACCCUGACUUCAACAACUACAGAAGCUACAACUUCAUCAACAGUAGAAAUUUCGGCCACAACUGCAAGAGAAACCACAACCAAAGAAGUUAAAAUAACUACUCCUUUAAAAACCACAACCACACAAACUACAACCACCACAGGCACAACAACAGAAACUUCUGCAACUGUGACAACUCCUUAUGCUAGUACUAUAAGUUCAACAACAGGAAGUAUGUCCACUACAUUAAGAACUGAAACUACAACUGCUGCAACUAUUACACCAACUAUAACACAAAAACCUACAUCAUCAAUAAUGAUAACUACUACUCCAGGAAUAACUACAACUUUAGAAACGACAACAGCCAUGACAACUUGCACUAAAGAAGUAUGUGAAUGGUCACAGUGGUAUGAUGUAAGUUACCCUGGUUCUGGUAUCAACGAUGGAGAUUUUGAUACGUUUAAGAACAUCAGAGCAAAAGGAUACAAAGUAUGCAAAGCUCCAAAGGCUGUUGAAUGCAGAGCAGAAAGGUUCCCUGACACACCAUUAAAUGAGCUGGAGCAAAACGUAACAUGUAGCAAAACAAAGGGAUUGAUAUGUUAUAACAAAGAUCAAAGUCCACCAAUCUGCUAUAAUUACGAGAUCAAAAUUCAGUGUUGCACGCAUUUAAUUAUACCAUGCUCAGAAACCACUUCACCCACUACAACUAGAGUAACAGUCACCCCAGAGACUACAAAAGAAACAACCACCCCACCCACGAUAACAACUACAUUAAAAUCAAGCUCGACAGAAACCACAAAAAAAAUAAUUACACAACUGCAGACAACGACAAAACACCAGACGCAGCCUAUCCAGAAAUAUUCUACUACACCCACAGAAAGUAAAACAAAAACAAGUACACUGAGGAGUACAAUAAUACCAGAAACAACUCCAGUCAUGACAAUAUCACCAAUCUCCACAACAUCUCCAACCACCACAAAAACCACCAUUCCAGGAACAAGCACAAGCACCAUCACAACAGUUACCACUACUCUGCCUCCCAUAAAAUCUCCCACAAUAUCACCAGUCUCCACAACUCCAGAAACUGCCACUUCUUCCACUACACCAUGUCAGCCGAUAUGCACAUGGUCCGAAUGGUUUGAUGUCAAUUUUCCCUCGCCCGGACCAAAACAAGGAGACUUUGAAACCUAUGACAACAUAAAAGCAGCAGGAGCAGCAAUCUGCAGAAAGCCUGAAAAUAUUGAGUGUAGGGCAGAAAGCCACCCACAUCUCAGCAUCCAUCAGAUUGGUCAAGUUGUACAGUGCAAUGUGAACUUCGGCCUGGUGUGUAAAAAUGAGGACCAAACUGGGAAACACAAAAUGUGCUUAAAUUAUCAGAUACGGGUGUUGUGCUGUCGAGAAAACCCUAAGUGCCCAGUCGGAACCACAACUCCCACCACCACAAUUACACGUGCACCAACAACCAUCACAGAAACAACCACCGGAGUCACAUCUACCACUACUACAACAACAGUUACCGAACCACCACAGACUACCACUUCUGAAACAUCUCCAAUCAUUACCACCACAAGCCCAAGCACAACGACUCGUAUUGUAAAAACCACAACAUCACCCACCUCCACAAUAUCACCAACCACCUUAACAACCUCCACUCCAGGAACAAGCACAAGCAGAAGCACAACAGUUACCACUACUCUGCCUCCCAAAGAAACUCCCACAACAUCACUAGUCUCCACAACUCCAGGAACAACCAUUUCUUCUACUACACCAUGUCAGCCGAUAUGCACAUGGUCCGAAUGGUUUGAUGUCAAUUUUCCCUCUCCUGGACCAAAGCAUGGAGACUUUGAAACCUAUGACAACAUAAAAGCAGCAGGAGCAGCAAUCUGCAGAAAGCCUGAAAAUAUUGAGUGUAGGGCUGAAAGCCACCCACAUCUCAGCAUCCACCAGAUUGGUCAAGUUGUGCAGUGCAAUGUGAACUACGGCCUGGUGUGUAAAAAUGAGGACCAAACUGGGAAACACAAAAUGUGCUUAAAUUAUCAGAUACGUGUGUUGUGCUGUCGAGAAAACCCUAAGUGCCCAGUCGGAACCACAACUCCCACCACCACAAUUACACGUACACCAACAACCGUCACAGAAACAACCACCGGAGUCACAUCUACCACUACUACAACAACAGUUACCGAACCACCACAGACUACCACUUCUGAAACAUCUCCAAUCAUUACCACCACAAGCCCAAGCACAACGACUCGUAUUGUAAAAACCACAACAUCACCCACCUCCACAAUAUCACCAACCACCUUAACAACCUCCACUCCAGGAACAAGCACAAGCAGAAGCACAACAGUUACCACUACUCUGCCUCCCAAAGAAACUCCCACAACAUCACUAGUCUCCACAACUCCAGGAACAACCAUUUCUUCUACUACACCAUGUCAGCCGAUAUGCACAUGGUCCGAAUGGUUUGAUGCAGAUUUUCCCUCUCCCGGACCAAAUCAAGGAGAUUUUGAAACCUAUGACAACAUAAAAGCAGCAGGAGCAGCAAUUUGCAGAAAGCCUGAAAAUAUUGAGUGUAGGGCAGAAAACCACCCACAUCUCAGCAUCAACCAGAUCGAUCAAGUUGUGCAGUGCAAUGUGAACUUCGGCCUGGUGUGUAAAAAUGAGGACCAAACUGGGAAAUAUGAAAUGUGCUUAAAUUAUCAGAUACGUGUGUUGUGCUGUCGAGAAAACCCUAAGUGCUCAUUCAGAACCACAGCUCCCACCACUACAGUUACACGAACACCAACAACCGUCACAGAAACAACCACCGGAGUCACAUCUACCACUACUACAACAACAGUUACCGAACCACCACAGACUACCACUUCUGAAACAUCUCCAAUCAUUACCACCACAAGCCCAAGCACAACGACUCGUAUUGUAAAAACCACAACAUCACCCACCUCCACAAUAUCACCAACCACCUUAACAACCUCCACUCUAGGAACAAGCACAAGCAGAAGCACAACAGUUACCACUACUCUGCCUCCCAAAGAAACUCCCACAACAUUACUAGUCUCCACAACUCCAGGAACAACCAUUUCUUCUACUACACCAUGUCAGCCGAUAUGCACAUGGUCCGAAUGGUUUGAUGUCAAUUUUCCCUCUCCUGGACCAAAGCAUGGAGACUUUGAAACCUAUGACAACAUAAAAGCAGCAGGAGCAGCAAUCUGCAGAAAGCCUGAAAAUAUUGAGUGUAGGGCUGAAAGCCACCCACAUCUCAGCAUCCACCAGAUUGGUCAAGUUGUGCAGUGCAAUGUGAACUACGGCCUGGUGUGUAAAAAUGAGGACCAAACUGGGAAACACAAAAUGUGCUUAAAUUAUCAGAUACGUGUGUUGUGCUGUCGAGAAAACCCUAAGUGUCCAGUUAGAACCACAACUCCCACCACUACAGUUACACGAACACCAACAACCGUCACAGAAACAACCACCGGAGUCACGUCUACCACUACUACAACAACAGGUACCGAAGCACCACAGACUUCCACUUCUGAAACAUCUCCAAUCAUUACCACCACAAGCCCAAGCACAACGACUCGUUUUUUAAAAACCACAACAUCACCCACCUCCACAAUAUCACCAACCACCUUAACAACCUCCACUCCAGGAACAAGCACAAGCAGAAGCACAACAGUUACCACUACUCUGCCUCCCAAAGAAACUCCCACAACAUCACCAGUCUCCACAACUCCAGGAACAACCAUUUCUUCCACUACACCAUGUCAGCCGAUAUGCACAUGGUCUGAAUGGUUUGAUGUUGAUUUCCCAUUUGCUGGUCCAAAAGAAGGAGAUUUUGAAACCUAUGACAACAUAAAAUUAGCAGAAGGAACAAUUUGCAGAAAGCCUGAAAAUAUUGAAUGUAGGGCAGUAAACCAACCAGACGUUAGUAUCGACAAACUUGGUCAAGUAGUGCAGUGUGAUGUGAAUUACGGGCUGGUGUGCAAAAAUGAGGACCAAACUGGGAAAAGUGAAAUGUGUUUAAAUUAUGAGGUACGUAUUUUCUGCUGUGAAGAAAACCCUGAGUGCUCAAUUAGAACUACAACUGCCACUCCCACAGCUACACAUUCACCAACAACUACAGUCACAGAAACAACCAUCGGAGUCACAUCUACCACUCCAACAACAGUUACCGAACCACCAGAGACUACCACUUCUGAAACAUCUCCAAUCAUUACCACCACAAGCCCAAGCACAGCGACUUCUUAUGUAACCAGCACAACAUCACUAAUCUCCACAACAUCACCAACCAUCUCCUCUGCAGGAACAAGUGCAAGCAGAGGCACAACAGUUAUUAUUACUCUGCCUCCCACAGAAACUCCCACAACAUCACCGGUGUCCAGAACCACACCCUGCUUUUGCCAAAUUGGAGAUGCUGUCUAUGCCUCUGGUGAAUUGAUUUACAGCAAAAUAGACAAGGAUGGAUGUAUAUUUUAUGCCAUUUGUAGUAAAUCAUGUUCAGUGGAGCGAUUUAAGGGGCCAUGUAAUUCAACAACUCCAGCAACAACAACUACACCUACAACUGCAACCUCUUUACCAACUACAACUCCUACCACAACAGUUAGUUCUACCACUGUAAUUGGGUGUCCAGAUGCUAAACCUCCCAGAAAGAUAGGUGAAACAUGGAAGUUAUCCAACUGCACCACUGCAACUUGCGAGGGAAACAACAAAAUUGCUAUACAGCAAGUGAAAUGUCCACCUGUUGAGAAAAUUACCUGUGCCAAUGGGUACCCACCUGUAAAGAUCUUCAGUGAGGAUGGCUGCUGUUACUACUAUGAAUGUGAAUGUGUCUGUAGCGGCUGGGGUGAUCCUCACUACAUUACAUUUGAUGGAAAAUAUUACACAUUCCUUGACAACUGCACAUAUGUACUCGUGAAGCAGAUUAUCCCUAAAUAUGGCAACUUCCGUAUUGACAUUGACAAUUACUUCUGCGAUGCGGAAGAUGGUCUUUCCUGUCCACACGCCAUUAUUGUUUACUACAAUACCACCCAGGUAGUGAUGACGCGUGAACUCUCUAAUGGAGCAAUGACUAAUAAGAUUAUCUUCAAUAAAUCAGUUGUCAAACCAGGCUUUGUGAAAGAUGGCAUUUCUGUUUCCAUGCUUGGCAUCAACAUGGUUGUUGAAAUACGUGAGAUUGGACUUACCGCCACUUUCAGUGGGAUGAUCUUCUCAGUGAAACUCCCAUUCAGCAAAUUUGGCAAUAAUACUGAAGGACAGUGCGGUACAUGCACAAAUAACAAAUCAGAUGAAUGCCGCCUGCCAAGUGGUAAGAUCAUUUCUUCCUGUAGCGAAAUGGCUCACCACUGGAAGGUUGAUGAUGACAAGAAGAAAUACUGUGCAGGAACACCAAUACCAACACCAGCACCCAACAUCACCACUCCAUCUCCCAGCUGUGCCCCUCCUACUCUGUGCAAGAUCAUUUUGAGCGAAGCCUUCAAAGAAUGCCACAAGGUGAUACCACCAGAAGAUUAUUACAAGGGCUGUGUCUUUGAUGCGUGUCACAUUACCAAUUCAUCCAUUCAGUGUUCCAGCUUGGAGAUAUAUGCCACUCUGUGUGCCACUAGAGGUGUUUGUAUUGACUGGAGAGGAGAGACCAAAGGCAAAUGCCCAUAUAAUUGUCCAGCUGACAAAGUGUAUAAGCCAUGUGGACCUCUUAAUCCUCCUACCUGUGAUCAAAGGGCUAUUCAACACAAUGGCACUGGCCUAACUGAAGGAUGUUUCUGCCCUGAAGGAAAGAUUAUGUUCAAUGCAAACAGUGGUGUCUGUGUCCCAAGCUGCAAUAUCUGUAUAGGACCAGAUGGACUGCCCAAAGCAGCUGGAGACCAGUGGAGAAGCAAUUGCCAAGAUUGUUUCUGUGACAAUUACACUCUUACAGUGCAGUGUAAAAAGCACACAUGUAAACCACAACCACCAGUCUCUUGUGAUGACCCAGGGUUUGUACCUGCUCAGUCGCUGUCACCAGAAGACCCAUGCUGUGUCCAGACUGAAUGCCGAUGUGACACAAAGGCAUGCCCGAAAUCAGUGCAGAGCUGUGAACCAGGAUAUGAGUUAAUCACAGAAGUUCUGAAAGGAAAUUGUUGUACUAUCUUCAGCUGUAAGCUAGUACCAGGCUGUGUAAGCAAUGGAAUUUUCUACAAGCCUGGAGCAGUCAUUCCAAAAGGUAACUGUGAAAAGUGCGUCUGCUCUGAUGAAGUAGAGCCAGGGAGCCAGAGGAACAUGGUGGCCUGCCAGCCCAUUGCAUGUGACACAGAGUGCCCACUGGGCUAUGCAUAUAAGAUGGAAGAUGGACAGUGCUGUGGCAAAUGUGUACAAGAAGCUUGUGUAGUGAAGGUGAACGAUGACAAAGUCCACGUGCUUCCGGUUGGAGAAGUCUGGCAUGAGCCUGGUAAUAAUUGUACUUUCUAUAAAUGUGAACAAAUUGAGGAUCAGUUUGUUCCUAUCUAUAUAAAGAAAGUCUGUCCACUCUUUUACCCAGAAGACUGUGAUCCAGCUGACAUCAAAAUAACUGAAAAUGGCUGCUGCAAGAUAUGUCCAUCAAAACCUAUAAGUGUAGAGUGUGCACCGCAAACUAUCGCCACUGUCAUCAGAUACAGGGGAUGCAACUCUUCUACGCCUGUGAAACUAACAUACUGCAAUGGCAACUGUAAUACUUCUUCAAUAUAUUCCUUUCAAGCGAACGUGAUGCAACACAGUUGCAAGUGCUGUCAGGAGGUUAAAACCAGCAAAAGACAGGUGACCCUGAGCUGCCCUGGUGGAAAGAGCAUUAAUUACUCAUACACCCAAGUGGACCAAUGUGAUUGUGUGAGCACAGAGUGCAAUCCACAAACCAUUUCUACCACUCCAGCACAACAGCAAAAGCAAGAAGAGCAGCAACAGCAACAGAUCCAGAAGCAGGACGAAAAAGAGGAUUAGAAAGAAACCACAACCAAGAAGAGUGAGAAAGACUAAAAUAAAUCCUUCUACCUUUCCCCCCCAAUAAUAAACAAAUAUCCAAAGCAGCUAGAAUCUUGGACAUAUGGAUGAAAUUCCUGUGUGCAUGCUAAAAAUUUCUGUUUCCCAAUUAUUUCAUUUUCCAUUAUCAAAGGGUCUCAUUGUUUUGAGUGUCUUCUCCCUUCCACUUGACAGACGAAGGAUUAGGAAAUCUUGACAGGUUUCUUUUUUCUCAGCAAUGCUAUACUAUAUGACUCUCAACUUUUCUUUCAAUGGGAUGGGGUGAGUGAAACUAUACAGUGACUAUUUCCACAACACUUUUAGAAAGUCCUUGCUGUAAAUAUAGUUUCUUUUUUGGCUUGAAAUUUUCUCUAUUGUAAUUCUGACACUGACUGCCCAAGGCCAAGCACAGAACUAACAUCAUUGCAUAGAUGAUAAUUUUUCACUAGCCAUACUCAUUAUAGUGUGUUCCACAUCACCUGACACUCACUAGUCACUACAUUGGAAUGGAAGACUUCUAAAGUCUCCUUUAAUUCUAGUUCAAUUAGGUGGUGUCAACAAUUCAAGUCCAGGAAAUAUAGAGACUAUCACUCUCCCCAUCUUACCUUUUUGUUUGUUCAUUUGUUUCUUGUUUUACCAUUAAGGAAAGUUUAGGUUGUAGAAACUUCAUCUUCUCAAACAUGAAACUUUAAAAA